AUGCAGCUGCCUACAAGCGAAAGGCCGCGGUUUUCACAGCUCGUUGGAUGGGAGUACGCCGCGGAAGAAACCGAUGGGACCGAGUCAGUCGUUGAUAAUCCCGCUCACGAUCACACUCUCUACCGGCACCCGCCCCUAGGGGUCGAAGAAAGCCACAACCCCAAUGCUACUCGGGACAUCUACUCUUUAGGAAUGGUGUUGCUGGAAAUCGGUCUAUGGACUGUGGUGGCAGAUAUAUAUGAUUCUGAGUCCGGGCCCUCAUAUCAGGCCACAGAUCCGGAAUCGCUGCGAACAAUAUCAGCCGCCUUGGCCGGGAAGGCGGAACGCGACCUUCCCAGCAAAAUGGGUCAAUUGUAUGCCGACGCUGUUAGGGAAUGCCUCAAAAACAGCAUCGGGACGUACCGGGACUGCGACGAGCAGACCAAGGCCACCGUAGCCUUGCGUAAGCUCGUCAUGGAUGCAGUGGAGGGUGGUCGCCGCUUGUAG